GAGCAACGAUAAUUGAAAAUAUUUACCAUUAUGGCUUUUGGUUGAUUGAUGAUUAUUGCCCAUAAAAUCAUCUUUCUUAUCAUCAUAAUCAUCACGAUCAUAAUCAUAAACAUCGAUAUCAAGUACUUCCGUUAUCUAAAAUCAUUUGGCGGCAAAACAUUUGUUGUCAAACGGCAAUCUGAGCAACGACAACAACAAAUCGCCUAUAAUAAACAGCAAAUCGGUAAAUCAACAACAAAGAUGAAUCAAUCAAGCCGAAUCAGGAUUCCAACAUCUUUCACAUAUACACAAAUCAACAAUAAUCACCUAAAAUGUAUUUUGUCCAGUCGAUCCACAUUUGAUCCAAUGUUGUCAGAUCGAUAGGUUGGUUGGUUGGUUGAUUGUGUUUUUUAUUGAAAAGAAUUUCUUUUGAAAAUUUUUCACCUAUUUUCGUCCACACAG